GUUCAGCUCUGGAUACAACAGAGGGAGCUUCAAAGAGCCCCUUCACCCAAAGAGGAGAGGACCGCUCCGGGUGUAAUGCAUAGCUGGGCUUUGCCUUCGUCUUGGAUGGGAUAAAACCUACCGUUCAAAUUUAAACGCUCACUCUGUGUGUGUGUGUGUGUGUGUGUGUGUGUGUGCGCGCACGCGCGUGCGAAAGAGAGAGGGGGUGUGUGUGUGUGUUCCGCGAGGACCGGGAAAUGCUCUUCUAGCGCGAGCGCGGAUGACAUUAGCGCCCGCGUUUUUUCCUCCCCCAACGCAAAUAUUCCUAACUUGGAGCCUCCUGGACGCCGAGCAAGUUUUUGUUUUUAUCUUUUCUUGAAUUGCGUUUGAGCCGUGUAGGUGGAAGACCAGAAAGCAGCGCAGGACAAGAUGGGGAGCGAAAAGUACUUGCCAGAGCUCAUGGCAGAGAAGGACACGCUGGAUCCGUCUUUUCAGCACUCCCUGCGGCUACUGGAUCAAGAGAUUGAAAAAAUUCAGAAAGACGAGGGGAAGGAGGAGGAGAAGUUCAUCGAUGUCGUCAUCAACAAGAACAUGAAACUGGGCCAGAAAGUUUUAAUACCAGUCAAGCAGUUUCCUAAAUUUAACUUUGUCGGCAAACUCCUCGGGCCACGCGGGAACUCGUUAAAGAGACUACAGGAGGACACUCUCACAAAGAUGUCAAUUCUCGGUAAAGGAUCCAUGAGAGACAAAGAGAAGGAAGAAGAGCUACGGCAGAGCGGCGAGGCCAAAUAUCACCACCUGAACGAAGACCUGCACGUCCUCAUUGAGAUCUUCGCCCCACCAGCCGAGGCGUACGCCAGGAUGGGUCACGCUCUGGAGGAGAUCAAGAAGUUUCUCAUACCAGAUUACAAUGAUGAGAUCAGACAGGCCCAGCUGCAGGAGCUCACAUACCUGAACGGCGGCUCUGAGGAUGCCAAGGUGCCAUCAGUGAGGGGCAAGUCAGCCGCCCGUGGAAGAGGGACACCUGUUCCAGGGCCUCCCAGGAGUCGCGGAGGAGUUCCUCCACUGCACGCAGCACUGCCUCGAGGAGCGGCACCCAGAGGAGCCCCGCCCAGCCGGGUUCCAUCCUCCAGAGGGCGAGGGGUGCAGAGAGCCAGAGGGGCCCCGGCCACCGGGUACAGACCAGUUCCUCCCAUAGUCCAGGACUCAUACGGCGAAUAUGAAUACGACGACGGCUACGGGACAGCUUAUGAUGACCAAGGAUAUGAAUCGUAUGACAACAAUUACAGUAAUCAAGGACAAAACUCAGAUGACUACUACGAAUACGGACACAGUGGGGAAUCAUAUGAUUCAUACGGUCAGGAAGAGUGGGCAAACAAUCGCGGCAAGGCUCCGUCAGCACGAACAACCAAGGGAGUGUACAGAGAUCAGCCAUACUCAAGAUAUUGAACUGUUUAUACAACCCGCACCUGAGUCCUCAUGGCUGUUUCAACCCCAAGUAAUGGAUUUUUUAUGGACGCUCCCACCUUUUUAGAAUUGAAAACAUAAA